AUGUCUUACUACCCUCCCCAGCAACACUAUGCUCCUCCUCCAUCCUCCCCAACUCCAACACAGACAUCCCACACUCAAUACUAUCCACCCCCACCACAGCAGCCAUCCCCGAGCCAGCAAGCUAGCUAUCCCCCGCCUCCUCAAUCAGGUUCCCCGCAAUAUCAACAGCAGCAGCAGCAACAGUAUCAGUCACCUCCGAGUUCUUCUUAUCAGACUCCACAGCAACAUCAACCAGGUCUCCCUGGUUACGAGCAACCUCCACCAUCUGGAGGACACCAUGAGGGUUACCCAUUAGAGAAACCUGCUUUGGAUACUAGCAGGACUUCGAAUCUGGACCAUGGAGCUCCGGCGGCUGGCCAUUUCCUUGGAGCUAGUACGACACAGGACGACGUGGGAACUUUUAAUGGAGGAAGCUACAGAAUUAGUCACAGGGACACAAAUACUAUUCUCACCUUGCAGUUGGCAGUUGGUUGCCCAUUGAUUGUAAAGCCUGGCGCCAUGAUUGCCAUGACUCCAACCAUUACCCUGAAAGGUACUGUCAGGUUCUCCGUGAAGAAAUUGAUAGCGGGCGGCGAGAUGGCACAUUCGACCUUCACUGGCCCGGGAGAGUUGCUCCUUGCUCCAGCAUCUCUGGGCGACAUAACAAAUAUCCGACUUGGAGGAGACGAACAGUGGUCAGUUGGCCGGGACGCUUUCUUGGCUUGCACACAAGGUAUUGUGAAGGAGUAUAAGAGGCAAGGUCUUGGAAAAGCUAUGUUUUCUGGGGAAGGACUGUUUGUAUACCGGAUAAGUGGAGUAGGUCUCUUAUGGAUUACCAGCUUGGGUGCUAUCAUCAGGAAAGAUCUUGCAGAGGGUGAAAGAUAUAUUGUGGAUAAUGGUCAUUUGGUUGCUUGGAAUACGAAGUACAUCCUUGAACGGGUGGCUUCCGGAGGUAUUAUCUCGGGCCUGUCGUCCGGAGAGGGACUGGUUUGCAAGUUCACUGGACCUGGGACUAUCUUUAUGCAGACACGAAAUCCAGCUUCGUUUGCUCAAUGGCUCAACGCUAAUGCAACAGCGGUUUAA